UCGAAUCAAAGAUCGAAGCGAAGGCAGCGCAAGCAAGCAAGCAGCUAUUUGUUCUUUCUUUAACGCCCUCUUCGCUUCGCGGUUCACGCUCUUCGCGUUCUCAAAUCAAAGCUCUAUUCUCUUUUUUUUUUUUUUCUUUCUUUUUUUCUCUGCUUCUUUGCACAACCGCACCAACCUCCAUGGCGACAAAUACGUUCACCGGAGCAACACUCUCCAUGCGCUCUCUCCGUCCUCAGUUGAAUCAGAAACCGGCAUUCAAUUCAAUUUCUGGCCCGAUGUCUACCUUAAUGUCAAGCUAUGGGAGAAGGAAUGUGUCUUUUAGCUCGCGGCCGCGUUCAGUUCACCUAAGAGUUUCUUGCGCUGCCAAGCCGCAGACCGUAGAAAAGGUGUGCAAAAUAGUAAAGAAGCAGCUGGCUUUAGCAGAUGACUCUAAUGUUACUGGCGAGUCAAAAUUUGCUGCUCUGGGAGCUGAUUCACUUGACACGGUCGAGAUUGUGAUGGGGCUGGAGGAGGAAUUUGGUAUCAGCGUUGGAGAGGAUAGUGCACAGAGCAUCUCAACAGUUCAAGAAGCCGCAGAUCUUAUUGAGGAGAUCAUUAGUAAACAAAGUCCUUAAGAGUAAAAUGUACCAGAUGAAACUAGUAGACAUUGUUAUCCACAGAUUAUGGGGUUGUUAGUCUUUAGUGUUUUAUCUUCGUACUCUGAUAUCGCCUUGUUCCAUAGGUCUGAAAAGAAAAAUAAAUUAGCCGAGCCACUUGAUUUUUGGGGAAUUUUAUGAAGGUUGUUUUUUGCAUUAGGAAGGUCUUAUAAAAUUAUGUUAAUUGUACUUAAUGUUAUUGAGCAAUGUAUGCAAUCACAUAAAAUUGCUGCAUAAAUAUAUAUAUGAACAUUGA